UGCUGAAGCAAGUAAACACGUAUUGAUAUUUACUCACUGGUGUGUGCUGUCUGAUGUCAAGUGGGGAGUUCAAAGAGUGACUGACAGCUGCUGAAUGUGAUGUGAAGGUCAAGGUUAUUUCAAUCAAACAGUUGCCACAGAUGACCAUAAGACUACAGUAAAGGCCAGUAGAGAUCUGUCACAUCAAGUUACAGGAAUCAACUUGGAUAGUCUAGAUGACCACAACAGUAUGGCCAGUGGAGAGGAUAGUCUAGAUGACCACAACAGUAUGGCCAGUGGAGAGGACAUCUCAACAUAUUUUACAGGUACACAUGAAGUACAAGAAUGUCUUGAAGGUCAAGGUGAGGUAGAUCUACACACACACGUGAAAAAGUGCGAGAAAAAUCCUGGCCAUAACAAAUUUAUACCUGUAAAUCAGUUAAGUCUUGAACAUUUUCCUUCUGGUUACCAUGACAACGAUGUGUAUGCCCUCACAAAAGCCCUGGCUGACCUAACUGUCAGGAUAGCCGUUAAGUUGACCAGUCCAGACAGACCAGAGUUUGUACCAGGCACUAAAGAUCCAUAUCCUUGCUACAACACCAGGGGACAGAACUCACUGCAUACAGGGACUGGAAGGGUGGGGUGGGUGUACAAGUACACAGAGGGAGAGGAUGGCAUAACUUGUCCAUGUCCUGAAUAUGACCACUCGGACACACCCAGCAAAGUGUGGUGGGAGGUUGGUGUGUUGACAGCCAAUCAUGUUGUUUAUGAUUCAAGUGAGGCGAGACAGUCCAGCUGUAGGUUGUGGUUUGAUGAUGAUAAAAGUCCAGUGGUCAACAUUUAUGGGUGGGAGGUGGAAUGGUCAGGCACUGAGGGAGACUGGUGUGAGUUGUGGUGUGUGACACAUGACGUAGAUGUAGGUGGUAAACUGGAUGAGAUGGUGAGGCGGUUUGAUGGUCUAUGGGGUAAAGUAAAUGACAAAUACGCGAGUCGUAGAGAUGUGGACAAGCUGACCAUUAUAGUGUCACAUCCUCAUGGCUGUUCUAAGCAGGUCUCUGUAGGUCACUGGGUACACAGGCAGGAGGUGGUGGGUAGACGGACCAGGUACACGUACAAAACGUCCACCUGUCCAGGUAGCAGUGGGGCUCUGGUCUACAGACUGGGGUGUGACAGGUUGUCUGACCAUCCCCACAGUGGAGCUAACUCUGGUGGAUUAAAUUAUAGUGGGGUGUACUGGGACUUUAACUUGUAGUUGUCUUCUCUUGUAUAGAAUGUAAACAAACAUGGCGCCUGUUGAAUGUCUGUCUUUUCUAGAAUGUAAACAAACAUGGCGUCUGUUGGAUGUCUGUCUUUUCUAGAAUGUAAACAAACAUGGCGCCUGUUGAAUGUCUGUCUUUUCUAGAAUGUAAACAAACAUGGCGCCUGUUGGAUGUCUGUUCUAAAAAUAUUUCUUGACAUUAUUGUAGAGCUUUAUUAAGCUUUUAAUUAAUUAUCUCGUUAUUUUUAUCAGAGAAAGAGUUGUUGAUUGUUUGAUUGGGAGUGGAGAAAAAAAUGUCACAAUUUUUGUUGUAAAUAUAAACGUAAAUAAAGUUUUAAAGC